AUGGAUAAAAACAACGCAGAUCCUUCGUCACCGACAGUGGACCGCGUGACACUAGAUUCAGUUUAUAGCUUAGACACAACGUUAGUUUCUGUUCAGAUGAAAGUUUUUACAUCAAACAACGCUGGGUACGUGUUUUAUGCUGGGGGUAGCGCUAUGAUUGACAAUUCUGCAGACCCAUAUGGCGCCAUCAUAUACGGAUACACUGAAACGGAAGUGUUGCUAUGGAGACCAGGCAUAGCAACGUCUAAUGGAUACCUUGUUUAUGUUGGUGGACAAUGGGGUGGCGGAAAUAAUAAUCAACAAGAUACAAGUGUUGAAGUGACGGUGAAAGUAGCCGAAUUAACUGGAUCCCCUUGCACCGGAACUAAUCAAUGUUCAGCGGACUGGACGACUUUAAAAACUACGUGUACACCUACUGAUUGUCCGGAUCCACCAGAUUUAGCCAACGCCUAUAAAAUCAAUAAGGGAGUAAGUAAUGGGAGUGCUGCGAUGUACUCAUGCAUGCCUGGCUACUAUCAAAGCUCAUAUGACGUCAUCAUAACCUGUAUUGACGGGUCCUGGACGUCAAGCACAAUGUUUUGUGAAGAGAUAUGUGCAUCACCGCCUUCCAUUCCAAAUGCUGAUUUGAUGGUUUUGAAUAAUAUUGCUAUAUAUUCCUGUCAAGGUGGUUAUAUUCCACAAAGCGGAAGUAGUUUAAUCAACUGUUCGCAAUCUGUGUGGCAAACAACGACGUUUUCCUGCCUUGCAUCCUGUGGGCCAGCACCAAACAUCACUAGUGCUGAUGUCCUGGUGAAUGAUAACGUGGCUAUAUACGCUUGUCACUAUGGCUUUAGUGCAACAAGUUCUGAUAAUGAAAUUAAAUGUACGUCUGGGACGUGGUCUCCCACGACUUUCCAGUGUGCAGAUUCGACAAACAACGGAGGGAGUAGCAUCAACAACCAAACUCUUAACGGAUGGAUUGCUAGAAUCAAGAAAGAAUUAAUCAUUAGUAGAAAAAGAACAAAUGCAUAUCUGAGAAGUUUGAUCAGUGUGCACGAUCCGCGCCCGAGCGCAAUUGCGAUAGGAAGUUCCGGUGUAUUCAUAUUUAGUUUCGUAUUUCUAUUGAUAAUGAUUCCAGAUAUUAUAAAUGUUGUCAGGUACUUACAUAAAGAAAUGUCUGAUAACUUUGUUAAUCGAAAAAGUGAUGAUUAAUUGAAGUCAAUCAUAUUUUAUGGACAUAUUUGAUGAAACUUGAGCGCUUUUUAUAUUUCGUAGGACAUGACUACAGCUACCAUUGAAUUUAUCUUGUCUUCAAACUAAAACA